UCUGUCGGCCCCCUGUGCACGGAGGCAGCCGCUGUCUAUCAGCUCUACUGCUCAGAGUCUGUUGUUCAUUAUGUGUCAUCUACAGCUGAAGACAUUGAUUUUUGUAGCCUGGGUGUUUGGCUACGUCGCCUUUCUGCUGUCCGUCCGGAGGAUGUGGACGGGGAAGUACGUCCGCAGUCCACUGGUCCGGUCGCUUUUUAUGAACAUGGUGACGGAAAGCGAAGCAUCCGCUGCUGAGGCACAAGAGUGGUACCGGUGCACCCCUGACCUGCUGGGAGACUCCCUGCAGCCUCUGUUUGUCCAGAGCCACCUGGACUCAGGCACCAAGGCUUUUCUCAAGAGGAGUGCAGAGAAGUCCAGCUGGCUGUUCACCCAGCUCUAUCAUUCUUUUGUAUCAACGGUUCUCAGCCCUCUGGUGUCGCGUACCUCCAUCAACGGGUUUCUGGGUCGGGGAUCUAUGUUUGUGUUUUCUGCGGACCAGUUCCAGCGACUGCUCCAUAUCGGCCCAGACUGGAAGGCUGAGAGACUCCUGGACCUCGGAGCUGGGGAUGGGGGUGUCACAGAGGUGAUGGGAUCCCAUUUCAGGGAGAUCUAUGCAACUGAGGUGUCAUUGCCCAUGAGGUGGCAUCUCCAGAGGAGGAAUUACAAAUUGCUUGGUAUAGAUGAGUGGCAGCAGACAGGUUUCCAGUAUGAUGUGAUCAGCUGUCUGAACCUGCUGGACCGCUGCGAUGAUCCUCUGCAUCUCCUGCAGAACAUCAGGCAAACGCUAGUUCCCAAGACAGGAAGACUCAUCCUGGCUGCUGUGCUCCCCUUCCAGCCGUACGUGGAAGUCGGAGGGAGAUGGGAGCGUCCUAAAGAACACCUAAAAAUUAAAGGAAAGACAUGGGAGGAGCAAGUAACCAACCUGUCAAAUGAGGUUUUCCGACGGGCAGGCUUUGACGUGGAAGCUGUAACCCGAUUGCCAUAUCUUUGUGAGGGGGACAUGUAUAGUGAUUAUUAUGUUCUCGACGAUGCAGUUUUUGUUCUUAAGGCCUCAGAUGACAGUGAACAGUCUGCUCAUUGAAUACUAAAAGCGAGGGAAUUGAGGGAAUGUUGGAGGCCCUUUUUUUCCCCCCUUAUUUUACUGGAUGGAUAAUUGUACAAUUUUCAUAAGCUUCAUUCAUAAAACACAGUAUUUCUGAAUUGUUUAGAAAUGGUGAGUCAGGUGUGAAGCUCAGGUACUGUUGUUCCUAUGUUUACCAGCCAUCUUGUGUGACAGUGAUACCUCGACAUUUUUUAAGCAAAAAAAAAAAAAAAAGAACUGAAAGGCAGUGAGCCUGUACUGAAAUGCCACUGAAGAUCAGAUCUUCUACCACAUAUCACCAUGCUGUAGGUGUUUGUUCUGUAAUGUCUGUUGUCUGUAUUUACUGUUAGUAUUUCAUCAUUCUGUGAUAAUAAUGAGAAGAAUUGUGGUUGGACCUUUGUUGAAUUUCUGCUUUAAUUUUUCAGGGUCUGAUGCAGAGAACCAGUGCACGUUACUGCUAAUACUUUUGUCAUUAGCAAUGUGAAAAAUGAAUGUGAGGCCUUCUUAAAGUGAGCCCACGUAACUUAGAUUAAACAGAACUACUGUGACCACAAGUGACACUUACAGAAUUUAAACCCACGUUAAUUGGUUUUCGCCACUAGGGGGCAGCACAACAAGCUGGAAAUAUAAUGCUGACAUACUGCAUUCUCAAGCUUUAACAUUACUGUUUUAGACCAGCUAACAGUAACAUAUUUACAAAACCAAUCUCCUAACUUUGUCCCUCUGCUGCUUUAGGUGAAUACAGGUCACUGCUGCUGAAAUUUAAGUUUGUGAGAGUAAAGUUAGGACUCAGAGGACUAAAAGGCUCCAUUGAGCUUUCCCGUCGGUUCAUCACUUGGACCGACCCCUUCCAAACUACAUAGUCAUUUGACCUGUUGUUAAUUCAGAAAAAUCCUCAUUAGUGCAGCUUUAAUGCUUACACAUAAGUGUAGUCGUAGCACAAAUAGAAAAACAAUCCUUAAAGUCACCACACUGACUCACGUUAACCAUACAGCAAUAUCUAAUUUGCCUGCUAUUCGCAAGCAUAAGUUACUGGUCAUCCCACACGUGCAGCAGUAGAACUGCUGAGCAUGUUGAACUAAGGACAGGUGUGUUUUAUCGGUUUGAAUUCAACAUUUUAUUUGUAAGAGAAAGCUUGUGAUAUUUCUUCUUUUAAAAGUUACAUGGUCUCACUUUAAUCAUUGCUGUGUGCUUUGGGUGAUUGUGCACAAUGGACUAUUCAUGUGCCACAAAUGAUGCAAUAUUUGUAAGAGUAUUAUAUGGGCUCUGGAAUAAAAAGUAUACAUUUUUGUGCA